AUCACUGGUAACAACGAAAUAAUUUUCAAAUAGAAAAACAUUGUUUUAUAUAUAUAUACAAUUUGUACAUAAAUAUUUAAAAUUAAUUCUUAACGUUAAAGUAUGUAAGAAAUGUUUAUCUAUCGAGGCAAUAUCAAAGUUAUAUCAUAUAAAAGUGAAACAACCUUUAAGAAGAUCAUUAUUAUUUGAAAAUUCAAAGUAAAUUAUCGUGAAAAUUAGAAAUUAGAUUCAAUUAUUAACGAUAAAACAUUAAUUAGAAUCUAUUCUUGUCUAUGAUAAAUUUAAAUAUAAUAAAUUAUUCAUUAAUCAUAUUGUGAUUAAUUAUUUCCGUUAUAAAUUGAAAAAAAUAGACAUCAAGUGUUUAAAAUUGUUAUAAAAUUAUUAUUAUAUAAAAAAAUAAUUAAUAUUUGCAAAUAUGGCUUAUCGGAUGCGAUUCCAAAGAACAUUCAUACGACCUGAAAGGGAAAAUAUAGAAGUAAGAGAUUUUAUACGUAGUAGAAGAAGAAGAGAAAGUAGACAAUGGAUAGCGAUAAGUUGUGGAUUAUACAUGAUGAUAUUAGCCGGCAUUAUAUACGGAUGGUAUACUAUAACUAUUCCUCAACUAAGAACCGGCCUCAGCGAUAAUCCAAUCUAUAUUACAAAUGACGAAUUGGCAUGGCUUGUCUCUGUAUUAGUAACUGGAAUUUCACUUGGUCGAUUCAUAAGUGAUAUUAUAAUUGAUACUUUCGGCCCUAAAAAAGGCCUCAUAUUGGCCGAUUUACUUUUCAUCUUUGGCUGGUUUACCUUAAUAUAUGGACGCGAAUCACAAGCUGCGCAUCUUGCUCGAGGAGUUCAUGGCACAGGUAUUGGUAUUGCAUAUAAGGCAUUUCCUAUAUACGUAUUGGAUGUGACGGAUUCUUAUGUAAGUAAUAUCUUGAACACACUGACAAUACCAAGUAUAGUCCUUGGAUCAUUGAUAAUCAGUGUCAUAGGAUAUAUUGUAUCUUAUUUAACACUCACAACUAGUGUUUUAAUCCUAUCCUUAAUGUUUAUUCCAUUAAUCAUUUUUCUUCCUGAAAGUCCUAUUUUCUUGGCAAAAAAUGGUAAUAGAACCGCAGCUAUUAAAUCAAUAUCAUUUUUUAAAGAUAUUCUUGAUCCCUAUGAAUCGAGAAGAGAAUUGGACUCGCUUCUACGCAAACAUGCAGAGAAUGAGAAUAAUUCGUAUAGGCCAAAAAAUAGUCGACAUUUAAAUAUAAAUAGAUAUACCAUGUGGGGAAAGUUACGAUUACUGUAUCUGAAAAAUAAUAUAAAAGCUACAUUUAUUAUGUUUUCUAUAACUGUAGCACAAAACUUUACAGGAUAUUACUUUAUUAUGCAAUAUCUUCCAAUAUUGCUUGAAAUAGCAGGAGUUAAAAUUAAUGUGAACGCAGUGAUGAUUAUAAUUUUUAGCAUUGCAUUUUUAAGUGCUCUUUUAUCUACCGCAACAGCUCACAUUAUAAAGAAACGUAUUCGUUUGAUAUAUUGUACAAUUGGAUGUUCAUAUACAUUUUUUAUCAUGGCACUUUAUUUUACAUUUGUUAAUAACAAUAUGCCACAAAUCACAAUGGAUAUUCUUCCUGUUUGCUUCAUGUCCUUGCUCCAAGUAGUAUAUUAUUUAGGCUUGGGCUCGUUAUCCGACAUCCUCAUAAACGAACUAUUUACCCCAGAAAUAAAAAAUUUUGCUACUCUUAUUAUUAAGACUUUUGGUGAUCUACUUGAUUUUUUCUUAACAUUAAUUUUUUGUACUAUUGUUGAUAUAAAUUUUAAAAUCGAUUGGAUAUUCUAUUUUCUUUCGGUAUGUUGUCUUAUGUCAGUUAUAGUAAUGUUCUUCAUUCCUGAAACGAAAGAUAUGACACAUCGUCAAAUUCAAAAAUAUCUAGCUGAAGAUUCGGAUUCUUCCGAUCAAGAAAAUGAAAAUAUAGAAGAGCAUGUCUUAUAAUUUCAUAAAAAGAAUUUUUUGUAUGUAAUUUUGUGAAUUUAAUGUAGAUGCAGAAUAUGUUGUAUACUUUCAUGAAAUUUCUUACUUUUUCUUCCUAUUAUAAGUAUUAUAAAUAUUAAUUUAAAAAUAAUAAUUUACAAUCAUGCCAAAUUAUUUAAUAAAUUAUUUAAUAAAUGUAUAAUUUUAUUCUUUUAUAUUUUUAAUCACUUAAAGAUUUCUAAAAAUAUUGAUGAGCUAUAAUAUUCAAUUAUGUUAAGAUUAUGUCUAAGCCUAUAUAUAAUUCUAUUUUUUUAUAUUUUUUAUAUUUUAUUAAAAAAUCUUUAAUAGCGAUAAUGAUUUGUGAUAAUAUGAUCUACAUUGAUAAUACAUGAUCAUAUAUUGUACAAAUUGAUCAUGUACAAAUUGACUCGUGUUAUAUGUACAAAACUAUUUUUAAAAAAUUUUCUUUUAAAUAUAUGAUAUAAUAACUUAUCCAGGACUUUAUCUAGGACAUUAUAUAUAGUGUUUAAUAUAAAUAUAAUGCAAUAAAACAAUAUUUUUCUCUGAAAAUGUUGCUAUGGAUAUGGAUUUGAUUUUUUCUAAAUCAAAUGAUUGAAAACAAUUAUUGGUGUAUAAAAAUUUUAUUUAAUUUUGUUACUUAAAUAUUUCUCUAAUUUAUUAUUAAAAUUUAUUAAAAUAUUCUUAUAAAUAUUUAUGAAAAAUACUUUUUGUAUCUAUAAUAGAUAUAGUUAUAAAUUGUAUUUUAUAAAUUGUAUCUAAAAAGCACUUCAAUUUAUAUUUGAAGUGCUUUUUAGAUACAAAUAAAUAUAAAACAAUAUAAUAAAUGAAAUAUAAAACAAUACUUGUAC